GGUGCCCUCUCCCUCUGAUGUCCCCUGCCUGGUGCUGAACCACAUGCUCUGCAUUUGGUAAAUCAGCAUUAUUUAUAGCCCAGGGUAAAGAGGAUUAGGUGUGCUGCCUUUAAUCCCCCACUUCCUCCUGCCCUGCUUCUGCUGACCUCGAUCCUUGCAGCUCUGGUGUCCCUAGCCUGUCUCAGCACAUGGCCUUCAAUCUCCACCCCACAACCUGGUUUCCAUAGGAAACACACGUGGGCGAGAGGAGCCAGGGGGAUUUUGAUCCCCACACUCCCUGUGUAUCCCUUGUGGCUCACAUAUGGUGGCAUGGCAUCAUGUCCCCCAUCCCCUGGACAGGCAAGGUGUGGUACUGCUGCCCUCCAAUCUCUCUGCUAAUGGCCCGUUCUGUUUCCUUCCUGCCAUCCCUCUGUGGGCCAACCCCAUGGUAAGUUGUUCAUGUAACAGUGCAGCACGUCCCUUGCAAGAGCUUUUGCAAGAACAAUGCAAGAGCUGCCGUGCUCACAGAAUCCCUUUCCAAAAUGCACCAGUGUGCUCCAGCUGCUGUAAGAGCAGAUGCUGAACCAUGGCACGGUCGGUCUCUGCAGCAUCGUCUGUGGGGCAGAAGCUGAAGAAGAAACGGCAGGAACCAGCAAUGGAGCCCGAAGCCAAACCACGACGGCUGCGGGUGAAGAAGCCAAGUGAUCCCAGGGGUACCGAGGAGCCCCAUGGCCCAGUGCAGGGUGAGCAGCUUAUGGGGGCCCUCUGCCAGCUCCUGUUCCCUCCAAAGCUUACGUCCCAUGCACCCAUGGUGCUCCUUGUCACACGGGCUCUUGAAAUGUGCAGGGGUGAAGAAGGUGGGGAAGAAAAAGGAGAAAGGAGAGGAGGAGGGUGAUAAGGAGCCCAGCUCCAAACCCCUCCGGGAGCCUCGGAAGAAAAAGGAGAGCUCAGCGCCUCGAUCCCAUGUGGCCAAAGGCCAAACAAAGCAGCAAGAGGUAUCUGAGGAGGAGGAGGAAGAGGAGGAGGAGGAGGAAGAUGAGAUGGAGAGUAAAGAUCCUCCCAAAAAGCUGAAGAAGAAACUGACGAAAGAGCCACCCUCAGGGGAGAAGAAGCUGAAAGCAAAGGGUGACAAAAGUGAUGCUGACAGCAAAGCCAAAUCUACCAAAAGCGCAAAGAAGGACCCGAUAUCUGUGUUCCAUGUGAAUGGGGAGAAGAAGGAGAAGAAGAGCAAAAAGAAAGCUGCCACUGGCAGUGAUGAGGAGGAUGACUCUGAUGCCAGUACCAAACCUAUCCGAUCGGGUAAGAAGAAGAAUCCGGUGUCACUCUUCCAGACUGGUGGGGACCCUCCGAGAGAGAGAAAAACCAGGAAGAAAGCCCCUAAAGCAGCAGAGAGUGAAGAGGACGCCUUGGAGACACAGCAGAAGAACUCCAACAAGAAGGGCAAAGGGAAGAAAUCUAAGAAGAAGGAGGAGAGGCCGCUGUCACCUGUCAUCGAGGUAGACAACCUGGAGAAGUUUGUGCUGUCCCCAGCGCCACAGGGGGUGACCAUCAAGUGCCGGGUGACGCGGGACAAGAGGGGUAUGGACCGGGGCCUGUACCCCACCUACUACCUGCACCUGGAUAACGACAAAAAGGUCUUCCUGCUCGCUGGGAGGAAGCGUAAGAAGAGCAAAACCUCCAACUACCUCAUCUCCAUCGACCCCACAGACCUGUCACGGGGUGGGGAGAACUUCAUCGGGAAGCUGAGGUCCAACCUGAUGGGGACCAAGUUCACCGUGUUCGACAAUGGCUCUAACCCUGAUCGGGCCAGCGCUGAUUGGUCCAAUGUGCGGCAGGAGCUGUCGGCUGUGGUUUAUGAGACCAAUGUGCUGGGAUUCAAAGGGCCCCGGAAGAUGACAGUCAUCAUCCCUGGGAUGAACUCAGACAACGAGCGGGUGCCCAUCCGGCCCCGAAAUGACAACGACGGGCUGCUCAUGAGGUGGCAAAACAAGAACAUGGACAACAUUAUCGAGCUGCACAACAAGGCACCGGUGUGGAAUGACGAGACCCAGUCCUAUGUCCUCAACUUCCACGGCCGUGUCACCCACGCCUCCGUCAAAAACUUCCAGAUUGUGCAUGGCAGUGACCCUGAUUACAUUGUGAUGCAGUUUGGACGUGUGGCAGAUGACGCCUUCACCAUGGACUACAACUACCCUCUGUGUGCCGUGCAGGCCUUUGCCAUUGCUCUCUCCAGCUUUGAUGGGAAGCUGGCCUGCGAGUAGCUCCAUGCUGUCCUGUCCCCAUCCGCCCCCCUAGUUCCUGUGUCUGACACCACUCCAUUGGGCAGCACUCUGUCGGGCACCGUUUUGUUGGGCACUGCUUGCCUGGCUGUGGACAACUUCCCUGGGAACUGGUUACCGGUCUCAGACAGAAGGAAGAGUUAAACCUGAAAUAUAUAUCUUUUUUAGUUUCUGUUUUGGG